AUGGCAGGCCGUGACUCCAGCAUCACCAUCCAAAGCCAACCGGCAUCGCCCAACUUCCUGCGUCAGAAUCACGACAUCUUGCGUGACCUCACACAGCGCGUUGCAGAGCAAUCCAUCCAGGAAGCCCGCAUCCUUGAACUGCUUGGCCAACCAGCAUCCAGGCGCCCAAUUGGUGGAGACAUUGAAUUCAAGGCGAAGAAACACACCAUCAAGAUGCGCGAUGGGAGGCAACCAGGGGAAUCCCUUGUGGAGUUCAAGCCUGUGAGCAGGGCUCACUCGCCCAUUCCCAUGUGCUCCAUCCGCGACCUGUCAGAUCUCAAGCCCAGGCUGCGAGCCAGCAAGGUGCACCACCGACCCACCCCCAAGAAGCAGCUCAAGUUCAAGCCCGUGCGCUCAUGA